GUGCUCAGUCAAUCUUUGAAUCUGCUUGGGCAAGUUUGCGCGUCAGGUGGUUAAUACAGCAUGGCUCCUAAACCUCCUCCAGGCACAUCUGCUAGAGCGUGGGACGCAGUGACGCCCCCACUGUCGGAAUGGGUGCUCGAUGCCGUCUCCUCCAUGGGCUUCACGCGCAUGACCCCCGUCCAGGCCUCAGCCAUUCCUCUGUUUAUGGCGCAUAAAGAUGUUGUGGUGGAGGCAGUCACUGGCAGUGGAAAGACCUUAUCAUUUUUGAUACCGGUUGUCGAAAAACUUCUGCGCUUGGAAGAGCCUCUUAAGAAACACCAUGUCGGAGCAAUCAUUAUUUCUCCCACCCGAGAACUUGCCACUCAGAUUUACAAUGUCCUGACCUCGUUGCUGGCCUUCCACCCUCCGUCUGCCGCCGUGCUCAAUCCCGCCGAAGACGCCGAUGCGCCUCCUCCCAAACACCUCUCCUCCGCCCUCAAGGUCGUCCCACAGCUUCUGCUUGGUGGUUCAACAACACCUGCGGAGGACUUGAGCACGUUCUUGAAGCGGUCCCCGAAUGUAUUGGUUUCGACCCCUGGGCGGUUGCUGGAGCUCCUCUCUUCACCCCACGUACAUUGCCCUCAGUCCUCAUUCGAGAUGCUCGUCAUGGACGAGGCCGACAGACUCUUGGAUUUGGGAUUCAAGGACACACUCCAGAACAUCCUGCGCCGACUACCCAAGCAACGACGUACCGGCUUGUUUAGUGCCAGUAUCAGUGAAGCUGUCGACCAGAUUGUCCGAGUUGGUCUGCGCAACCCGGUCAAGGUCAUGGUCAAAGUGAAGGGCACCUCGGGAGCCCAGGACAAACGCACACCAGCCAGCUUACAAAUGACCUAUCUCACUACCCCGCCCGCGCACAAAUUCGCCGUACUCCCCGCUCUCCUCCGCUCGGUCGAACCCACCCCUCAGAAAACCAUCUUCUUCGUCUCCACCUGUUCCGGAGUCGAUUAUCUCGCUGGCAUCCUACCAUUGAUCCUCGGUGAUGACUUUCAACUGAUCCCCCUCCAUGGGAAACAUCAAGCCAAUGUCCGCGAAAAGAACUUCAACCGCUUCCUCAACUGCCACACGCCCGCCAUCCUUCUGACCACCGACGUUGCAUCCCGAGGACUGGACAUCCCCUCCGUCGACCUUGUCGUUCAGAUCGACCCUCCCUCCGACCCGAAAACCUUCAUCCACCGCUGUGGUCGUGCAGGACGCGCCGGUCGUAAGGGUCUGAGCGUGGUCCUGCUCCACCCCGGCCGCGAAGAAGACUAUGUCUCCUUCCUUGAUGUCCGCAAAACGCCUGUCGUUCCGUACCCGAAGCCUCUCGCCGUCUCCGAUGCCGACGCUGCUGCAGCCACCAAGCGGGCCCGCAAAGCCGUGCUAGCAGACCGGGCCCUCCAUGACCGGGGCCAAAAAGCCUUCGUCAGCUGGCUCCGAAGCUACAGCAAGCACCAAGCCAGCAGUAUCUUCCGUGUGGCCGACGUCGAAUGGGAGGCGCUCGGUAAGGCGUGGGCCUUGCUGAAGCUGCCCAAGAUGCCCGAGCUGCGGUCCUUCACCGGCGAUCGGACGCUGGGCGUCACACUGGACUGGGACAACUUCACUUACAAGGAUAAGCAGCGGGAGAAGCGCCGCAAGGAAGAAAUUCAGGAGCGAGCUGAGCAGCUCGCUGCCAACGAAGGGGAUGGAUCCUCCAACAAACGCCCGGCCACCGACAGCGCCGCCUGGAGCAAGAACCUCGAAACGCGGAACAAGAAGCAGAAGCGUAGAGAAGUGAAGCAGGCGCGGGCGCACCAUAAGCAGUGGGAGAAGAUGACCAAGGAAGAGCGACAGAAGGCUCGGGAGACCGAGCAGAUGGUAGAGCAGCUCCGUCUGAAGAACGAAGAGGAACGCCAGCUGCGGCGCGCAGCCAAGGCAGCCGAGGGCAAGGGUCAUGCGACUGCGGAGGACGAGGAGUUUGAGGGGUUUGAUUGAGCUGCUAUCUAUCAUACAGUGUGUUUUUUUUUCUCCCGUCAUAAAUUCUGAUACCAUGUCUUCUACCACCACUAUAGAUCUG